AUGUCUGAAGAUUUCGUUCAAAGAUCUAUAGCGACAGAUGCAGAACAAACCGCAUGGGCAUUAGAGGGAGUUAAUUAUUUUCUAGAGAGCAUGGGGAAGACAAUACAAGAUUUUGAUUUACCUAAAUUUAAAGAGAAUGAAAUAGAUAAUCCAUCAUGCAAUCUACGAAUCAUACAGGAUGAGAUAGAUGUUGAAGUUUGUCAGGAAGAUAUAGAUGGUAAGUACAAAUUAAAUGAAGAUCAAAGAAAAUCUUUUGAAAUAAUAAUGGACAGAGUUAAUAUGAAUAAGGGAGGAGUUUUUUUCAUAGAUGGUCCUGGAGGGACGGGAAAAACAUUCUUGUACAAAACUAUUAUUGCCAAUGUCAGAUCAAAAGGAAUGAUUGCAAUAGCAACUGCAACUUCAGGAGUAGCAGCAUCUUUAUUGCCUGGUGGGCGCACAUCACAUUCACGUUUUAAGAUACCUAUUAAUGCCACUGAGACAAUAGUUUACAAUAUAUCUAAACAGGAAGGUACUGCACAUUUGAUUAGAAAAGUAGCACUAAUUAUUUGGGAUGAAGCACCUAUGGCAAAAAGAGUAAAAAUUGAAAGUGUAGAUCGUACAAUGCAAGACCUAUUGAGUACAAAAGAAUUGUUUGGUGGUAAAGUAGUAGUUUUUGGAGGAGAUUUUCGUCAAGUGUUGCCAGUUAUUCCAAGAGGAACAAGGAGCCAAACAGUUAAUGCCAGCUUAGUAAUGUCUUAUUUGUGGGAGAAGAUGGAAAAGAUAACAUUAAAAAUAAACAUGCGAGCAAAAAAUGAUGAAGAAUUCAGUAAAUUCUUGCUGCGUGUCGGAAAUGGAACAGAAAAAACAACUAAAGAUGAACUUAUAAGACUUCCUGAAAGUAUUGUGAUUGAAGAUAGCAAAAAUGGAAAAUCGGAAGUUGAAUUGUUAAACCAAGUAUUUCCAUCAAUUGAGCAAAAUGCAUAUUCAGCUGAAUAUAUGACAGAACGAGCUAUCCUUGCGACCAAAAAUGAAUAUGUAGAUGAGCUCAAUGACAAGCUUUUGGAUAAAUUUCCUGGUGAUGAGAUUAUUUUCCAUAGUUUUGACAAGGCUAUUGAUGAUCCACAUAACUACUACCAAGAAGAAUUUUUAAAUAAGUUGAUGCCUAAUGGUCUUCCACCGCACAAACUAAAGCUGAAGCAGAAUUGCCCGAUAAUGUUGCUUAGAAAUCUAGACCCAUCAAAUGGACUUUACAAUGGAACUAGAAUG